GGCGGUUGGGGUCAGUAGUAUUUAAGGAGCAGAGGCUGCGCUGCGUCCCGGGCGUUAGCAUCUUCGGACUGCCGCAGUAUCUUUGUUCUGCUUCUAGAUUUGGGAAUUCUACCCUGCAGUCAUGGGAAUUUUCCAAACCCUGAUGAAACAUAAGGAACUCAUUCCUUUGGCGGUGAUCAUGAUUACGGCUGCGACUGGGGCCUCGACGUUCUCCAUGUAUGCCCUGAAAAAAUCCGACGUGAUUAUUGAUCGGAAAGGAAAUCCAGAACCUUGGGAAACAGUGGAUCCUACUGUACCUCAAAAGCUUUUAACAAUCAAUCAACAGUGGAAGCCCAUUGAAGAGUUGCAGAAAGUCCGAAGGGCGACAAGAUGAACAGUCCUUGCUUCUUUCAUCCAAAGAAUACUCUAUAAAUCUAGUGGAAACAUUUCUGCACAAACUAGCUGAUGGGUACAGUGUGCGGAAAUGCUUCUGCUGUAUUUUUAGGGUUUGUCUACAUUCUUUGAACUCUGGGUAAGGAAUUGAAGGUAGUACUAAUAAUUGCACAAUCCAAAAUAAUAUAAUUUUGAAUGAUACAUUUGAAAUUUUUGGCUUAUGAUGCCUGGGUGUAUUCCUUGAAAUAUAUAUGUAAAUUAGAUUAUCUAUAAUAAAAUAUCAUCUGUGCAUGUUUUUAUGGGAGAAGACACAUUUUGAAUCAUAAACUUUAACCUUUUAAAUAAUAUCCAGUGCAGAUUUCUUUGUUUUUCUUCCAAGUUCAUUCAUCCUCCAGAAAUUCAUUGACCACCACCUACCUUUGCAGGAAAGGAAACAAGCCCAAAAUUUGGAGGGAUAUAAAUAAUAAGGAAUAUGAGCAUGCUGAGGUCAACUGCAAACUGUGGUGCUCCUGUGAGGACAGGGAAGGGAGGCUAGGGAAUUGAGUCAGCAUCCUGCACUGUGGCUCACCCUUCACUCUGCUCACUGGUGACCUGGUGUGCUGGUUUGAAUGUAAAGUGACCCCAUUAGUCUUGUGGUGGUGGUGCUGGGAAGGUUGUAGAACCUCUAGGAGGCGGGGCCUUGGUGGAGGAAGUGAGUCACUGGGGAGGGCCUUGAGGUUUUACAGGCCAGCCCUAUGUGGGAUGUUCUCUCUACCUCCUGCUGGUGUGACAGUGUGACAUUGCUUCCUGUUAUGAUCCACUCUACUCUGUGACUGCAAGCUGAAUUAAACCCCCAUUCUUCAAUCA